AUGAGCUACUACUACGGAGGCCUGGGCUACGGCUGUGGCAACUUUGGGGGCCUGGGCUAUGGCUGUGGAUGUGGCAGCAGCUUCCGCAGACUGGGCUAUGGCUGUGGCUAUGGAGGCUAUGGAUACGGCUCUGGAUAUGGAGGCUACGGAUAUGGCUCUGGAUAUGGAGGCUACGGAUACGGCUCUGGAUAUGGAGGCUAUGGAUACGGAUGCUGCCGCCCUUCAUGCUACGGAGGAUAUGGGUUCUCCAGCUUCUACUGA